UCCGCGGGGCAAGUAAUGGGCGGAUGCAAUGCACCGGGGUGGCGUGGACUACGUGGUGGGUAUUUGUACAUGUACUAAGCCCGUGUCCUUUUGGACGCCGCAUCACGCACCCUGCCCUUCCGGUUCCCGUUCCCAUCUCCUCCUCCUUUUCCAUUCUCACACGCACAUCCAUUCCCCCCUUCUCCCUUGCAUCCAUCCGUCCGUUUCUCGCCCUAGCUCCAUCGCUUCCUUUCGUUUUAGGUUACAGAUACCAAAAAGAAAAGCCCUCAUCUUACAACAAAACCAUCAUCAUCAUCAUCAUCGCAGCAUAUUACUCCUCCCCCCUCCACCCGUUCCCUUUCCCUCCUCCUCCUCCUCCUCCUCCUUCUUCUUCAAUCUUUUUGCCCUAUUGAGAGUAGGGUUUUCGGAUGAUCGAGGGGGUUCUCUUCUUGUAAAUGCAUUCGGCUACCCGUCGAUUGGAAGAUCCGGUGCCUCUCCUCUUCCUCCUCCUCCUCCUCCUCCUCGCUUUUGUGGUGUCGGCGGUCGGAAUCGGUUCCUCCUGCUCCUCCUCCGGGUUGCAUCCAUGCCUGCACUCGUCAAUUACGGAGGGAACGAUGAUAUCUGCCCCGGGGGGCUUUUCUUCUCGCACCUGCCACAUCUCACAGACUCGAGCUUCUUCUUGUCGGAGGCUCCUCCUAAACUGGAUCUCUAUUGCCCGCCUCGCAAGAGAUCUCGGGUCACUGCCCCUUUCAUCCUCACCCUGGAAGGAGAGAAGGUUUGCCCCAAAGACGAGCAGCAGCAAAAGCCAUGCUCCCUUGAUACCCUUCCUGAUGAGUGCCUCUUCGAGAUCCUUCGUCAGCUUCCCGAUGGAUCUAAGGAGAGGAGCAUCUCUGCUUGUGUCUCCAAGCGCUGGCUUACCCUUCUGAGCAGUAUCCGUGCUUCUGAGAUUACAGAGUGUCAAAAAUUCCCUCAUUCUCAUGGAGAAUAUGGACCCGAGGACGAUGAUAACGAUGAUGAUGAUGAUGUGGGCGAGAGUAACGGGCAUCUCACCAGGAGUUUGAUGGCCAAGGAGGCUACGGAUGUUAGACUUGCUGCCAUAGCCAUUGGCACAGGCAGCCAAGGCGGGCUGGGCAAGCUCCUCAUCCAGGGGAGCCAUCCCAAUCCAACUCGUGGCGUCACAGAUCUCGGACUCUCUGCAAUUGCUCGAGGCUGCCCUUCCCUACGCGUCCUCUCCUUGUGGAGCAUCCCUCUGAUCACUGAUGUUGGACUGGCUGAGAUUGCUGAUGGGUGCCCCAUGUUGGAGAAGCUCGAUCUCACCCACUGCCCUCUCAUCUCGGACAAGGGUCUGAUAGCAGUUGCUCAGAAGUGUCCAAACUUGACUUCCCUAACUCUCGAGUCUUGCGCAGGCAUAGUGAAUGAAGGCUUGCAGGCUGUCGGGCGUUAUUGUCUGAAUUUGAAGUCCCUUUCUAUCAAGAACUGCCCGCUCAUUGGUGACCAAGGAGUCUCGGGCCUUGUUUCUUCAGCCUCCACUACGCUGGCAAGGAUUAAGCUUCAGGGUUUGAACAUAAGUGAUGUUUCUCUUGCUGUUGUUGGGUGCUACGGGAAGGCCGUGACUGAUCUUACUCUGACAAGUCUCCAGAACAUAGGUGAGAGGGGGUUUUGGGUUAUGGCCAACGCUCUUGGCUUGCAGAAGCUCAAGUGCAUAACAAUCACCUCCUGCCGUGGGGUGACUGACCUGGGCCUUGCAUCCAUUGCCAAGUGCUGUCCGAGCCUGAAGCAGUUGUCCCUCCGUAGGUGCUUCUACCUGUCAGAUGCUGGCCUCAAAGCAUUUGCUGAAUCAGCGAGGGCACUCGAGAACCUGCAACUCGAAGAGUGCAACAGAAUCACUCUUGCUGGUGUUCUUGGCAGCCUUCUCAACUGCAGCCAAAAGAUGAAGACAAUUGCCUUGGUGAAAUGCUUGGGGAUCAAGGACAUCAUCACUGCUUGGCCUGGACAACUUCCAUCAUGCUCAUCGCUUCGAUCCCUGACCAUUCGUGACUGUCCAGGCUUCACAGAUGCUAGCCUGGCUAUGGUUGGCAUGAUUUGUCCGCAGUUGGAGCAUAUUGAACUGAGCGGCCUUUUUGGUGUCACUGAUAACGGGAUCCUUCCUCUGAUCGAGAGUUCUGAGAAGGGAUUGGUCAAAGUCAACCUCAGCGAUUGCGUGAAUCUGACAGAUGCAGCCAUCACUGCUCUGGUGAAGGCACACGGUGGGAGUCUCCAGCUUCUUAAUCUCGAUGGCUGUAGGAAGGUGACUGAUAAGAGCGUCCUGGCCAUUGCGGACAGCUGCUGUGUUCUUGAUGAGCUUGAUUUAUCGAGGUGCAUGAUCAGCGACUAUGGUGUCGCAGUGCUGGCAUCAGCGAGGCAGCUUGAACUGCGUAUCCUUUCUUUGGCCGGUUGCUCUCAAGUCACUCAGAAGAGUGUGCCAUUCUUGGGCAAUAUUGGGCAGUCCCUGGUGGGAUUGAAUCUUCAGUACUGCAAUAUAAUCAGUAUCCAUGGGAUAGGAUCACUGGAGGAGAAGCUCUGGUGGUGCGACAUCCUUUCCUAGAUUGAUAGCAGCAGUGAGGAAGGCGCUGGAGAAGUAACUCUUUAAGUAAUUCGUUGGGCCCAUCAGAUCUCUAGCGCCAGCAGUACUAUGCAAUAUUAGUCGAGGUCCGUGUCAGUUUGGUUUUUUGCUCAGUGUCAUAGGCAGUGGGCUUCCGUAUUUUACCAGGAAGAUUUGGAUGUCUUACAGGGAUCUUUGGCCAUUCCCCCAUUUUUUUUCGGAUUUCCCUUUCAACGGGGAGAGUCCGAUAUGGAGUUUUUGGCUACCACAGAGGUGGGUUGGCUUUCCUCUAUCUUGGCUUUGGUCCCCGUGGGUUACAGCUAUAUAUAUCUAAUCCUGGUUGCUGCUGCUUGUUUUUUCUUUCUGGAGGCUGGUCCUAAUGUUUUUAGCUCCUUUUUACAUUGUCAUUCGCUGUGUGUUGACUGAGGCAGCAACAUGAGCGGCUGCUUUCUGGUGUUUCAGCCAAUCCUGAUCUGGCUAUGUUGUUUGGUCUUAAAGAAGCUGUGUCUAGGUCGGUCUUGUGUAGUAGUGAGUGCUUCCAGGUUGUUGGUGGGUAAGUCGUAGUUUGGGAGUCUGUAGUAGUACCACUGUUCGAGUCUGUUGUGUUUGGUUGCUUUUGCACAGUUCUGUUUGGAUGCCUGAGAUUCAUGGGGGUUUCAGUUAAAGUGGCUGCGCGUUUACUAGAAAGCGCGCCAUCACAAUCACCCUGUGGUUGUUUUUUCUUCUCCGUUUGCUGAGCCCCUUUUUUGCAGGUGGAUGGCUGAGGACUGUAAUCUUUGCAACCUUUUGAUAAUAAACAAUCCUGUGUUGUGUUUUGUUGUAGCUUCCUGAUUUGCUAUCUGAGCGUAAUUUCCUUUUA